UUAUUGGGCAAAAGAUUAUGCAGUACUUAUAACUCAAGUUGCUUCUCCCAUUUCACUAUCUCCCAGUAGCAACUGAGAAGGGUCCAUGGUUCAGAAAUAGUUACAGAAACUGCCUGGCUCAAUAAUUCCAAUCAAAUAAGUGAUGACUGCAUGUUAUAAUUCACAAGAGGAGAGUGACGACUUGCUGUUGGCAAUUUUUGGAUCAGGAAGAAUUAGUUCACCUGGAACACAGUCUAGUCAUAGCAAAGAAAAAUUAUUUAGUUUUGAAGCAUCAAACCAGUCUACAGAUACAGAAGCACCAGUCCAGGCUGAUAAACUGGCUGAACAUGCAAUUGUUACAACUAUGUCAAGAAUUCCUACAGCCAAUGAUACUAAGUUCAUAAAAGAUCAUGACCAGCAAAGACUUCUAAAAAAUAAAAACAGGUCACAUAAAUUACCAGAUAAGCCUUGUUUAGAAAGUGACAGAGUAACAAGAGGCCAGUCUGGUGGGAAGAAGUCAGUUGAUCAACAAUUAACAUGCAAAUCUAAUACAGAAAUUGGCAUGUCAACGAGGGAAGAUAAAAUGGCUGAGUUUACUGAAGAAGAGAGUCAGGAUGGUAGUAGAGAUUUGUUUGACAGUCAGACAUCCCAAGGCUCAUUGAUAGAUGAACAAAUUGAUAUUACAUUGCAGUUGACAGAGUUUGUAUGGGUACAGUGUGACAAUCCAGACUGUCAAAAAUGGCGUCGAAUUCCAGCCCCAGAAGCCGAGGAACUAAGCUCCGAUCCUUGGUACUGCUACAUGUCUUCAGAUACCAGUAGAAACACAUGUUCAGCCGAGGAGGAAGACCAUGCCAUGUAUGAUAGAAUGGCGAAAAAAGCCGGCAUCAAGUUUGUGAUGUCAAUGCUUAGUGUAGGGUCAUUGGUCUGGGCAAAAAUGGCUGGUUAUUGCAGGUGGCCAGCUUUAGUGACAAGAGACCCGGACGUUGGAUGUCAUAUGUUAAUUGACAUCGACGGUGAUCCCCAUAGUUACCAUGUUGAGUUUCUCGGCAAACAGCAUACACAUUCCUGGGUGGCAGCUAAAUUUGUCGAAAUGUAUGGACACAAGAAUGUGCCUGAACUGGACGAAUCUCAAACACAAAUAGAAGAUAUGAGGAGAAAGAAAUCUCAAAGGGGUCCAGGUAGAAAGAGGAAAGUUGCACUAACCAACCAGUUUGGUGGUAAAAGGAGGAACUCGUAUAGAAAAAUGCACAUAGCAGCAGUGAUAAAAGAAGCUGAUUUCCUGCUAGAGCUGGAGACAGAGGAAAGAUUGAAGUAUACUGUAUUCCAGUUUGAUCCGGAGAGAAAAAAGAGAUUAGAAAAGAGAGAGAAAAGAUUAUCGCAGGCCUCAUGUGAAAAAUGUUCUCAACAUAAAAAGAAAGGGAGAAAAAGGAAACACCCUUCCCAAGAAAAAGAAACAGUACUGCCAACAUCAAAGAAAUUUGAGCAUAAAGUAAAUGAAGUGCUGGGUAACCAUUCUAAGAAAUUUGAAUCUCAGUCUAACAUAAAAGAGACACAGUCUAAGAAAAAGGCUGUGGAAGAGUUAACAUCUGGAGGAAGAAAAAUGAUGAAGAAAGGGAAAGAAAACACCAGUGUGUUUGAUUAUACCUCUGAGACAAUGUCCCCAGAUGAGGGCAUAUCUGUUAAAUCAGUAAAGACAGAAGCAUCUAUCUUUGACUCCCCGGACCAGUUCUCCCAGUCACAACUGAAGUUCUUGAAUACAAUGCAGGACAAAAGUAAAGAAGAAAAAUUUAGCAUUGAUCUGGAUAUGUACAGAAGGAAUGAGAAAGCAUUUGAGCAUGAUGUAAGAAGGUUUAUGUCAAGGAAUGGACAGAAUAUCAGAAAUACUCCAGUCUGGCAUAAUGUACCCGUCAGAUUGUUCCAGCUUUAUCUGGCUGUCCAUGAGAGAGGCGGAUUUGAACAAGUUAACAAGAAGAAACAAUGGACAUCUAUAUAUAAGGAACUGACGGAACAACAGCAUGUGAAAAACGGAGUAAAUGCCAAAAAAUACUAUGAGCACAAUUUGUACCCAUAUGAGCUAUAUAUCACAGGCAAGAGCUACAAAUACAUAUUCAUGAGCAGAAAAAUGCCUGUUGGCAGACCUCGACAAAACAUAAAGCCGCAGUCCACUCAACAUGAAGAGUACACAUCACAGAAAACUGUACUUCCUGAGAAAGAAGUGACAAAUGAAAUGCCUGAACUAUUGUUUCGAGAUGAGGGUUCAUCAUUAAGUCAAGAUAUAGAGGCUAUCUUAGAUCAGCUAGAAGAGGAUUACAGUCCAAAAGAUCAACACAAAGUAAAGACAAAACAGACAUGUUCAGGUUUAAAAUUCCAUGAUGACAAAACCGACUCACAGAGUCAGGAGGCUCAUAAAGUCCCCUCAGAGUUUCACCCUUCUACCACUGGUUGUGAUGUACAGGAGGUACCUGGUGGAAGUUUCUCUGGUGACGGACUUUCUGACAUUCAGGAGAAAAUUCUACACGAGAUGAAAGCUCUCGAGGAUGAUAUUAAUGAAAUCAGUGACCUCGAGUAGAGAAUUGAUAACUAAAGUUAUACUAGUAUAGUGAAAC